AUGGUGAAAGAAACCAAGCUGUACGAUCAACUAGGCGUCAAACCCACGGCGACGCAAGAUGAAAUCAAAAAGGGUUAUCGGAAAUCCGCACUAAAGUUCCACCCUGACAAGAAUAAGGAUAAUCCAGACGCCGCCGAAAAGUUCAAGGAGUGUUCCCAGGCAUACGAGAUCCUCUCCGAUCCCGAAAAGCGCAAGACGUAUGACGACUAUGGUCUCGAGUUCCUGCUCCGCGGCGGCGGCGCCCCUCCACCGGAUGCCGGUGGCGCAAACCCCUUCGCCGAGGGUGGCAUGCCCGGUGGAUUCGACUUUGGAGGAGGGGGCAUGCCCGCCGGCGGCGGCGCACGUACAUUCCGCUUCAGCACCGGAGGAGGCAACAGCGGAUUCAACUUUAGCCCGGCGGACGACGUGUUUGCCAGGUUCAUGCGCUCUGGUGCCGGUGGUAUGGGCGGUGGUGGUAUGGACGACUUUUCCGACAUUUUCUCAACGUUUGGCGGUGCCGGUGGCCCACACGGCGGUCGAUCACAGCGAAUGCGCAGCAGCGGGUUCGGUGACUCGCCGCGGGCGAGGGAGGCAACGCCCGAGGUCACGACGGUGGAAAGACCUCUCCCGCUCACCUUGGAGGAGCUGUUCCGUGGCGUGACGAAAAAAAUGAAGAUUAAGCGCAAGACAUUUGACGACACGGGCAAGAGGACGACGACCGACACUGUUCUCGAGGUGCCCAUCAAACCGGGCCUGAAGAAGGGCAGCAAGAUCAAGUUCAAGGGCGUCGGCGACCAGGAAGAGGGUGGCCAGCAGGACCUUCACUUCAUUUUGGAAGAGAAAGCCCACCCGCUGUUUGUGCGCGAAGACAACGAUCUGGUUCACACCGUCGAGUUGGACUUGAAGGAGGCUCUCACGGGCUGGAAGCGGACGGUGACGACAAUCGACGGCAAGCAGUUGAACCUCGACAAGAACGGCCCCACACAACCCGGCAGCUCCGAUCGGUACCCCAGCCUCGGCAUGCCCAUCUCGAAGAAGCCCGGAACGAGGGGUGACUUUGUCAUCAAGUAUAACGUCAAGUUCCCCACGAGCUUAACGCCGGCUCAGAAGCAGAAGUUGAAGGAGAUUUUGUGA